UUAUCUCGUUCGACGCUGGCCAAAGAUAUGACUACGUAUUUAGGAGCAAUGAAAUAUAUAUGCCCGCGUCCAUCAUCGCCACACUGUUGGAACUUUUUUGUCCCGCCAUCUUGGCGGCGCGAGAAGGAGGUGGAACUUCUUCUAAUAUCCGAGUAAAAAUGGUAGAAGGAAAAACCACGAUGAAUCCGGGAGAUGUCCAUGAUGCAUGCUGUGAUGCAAGCUGCAACAGUCGACAGCGGUCGUCGACAGCAAGACUACUUACUAGAACUAGAACGAAGGGCCCCUGGAGGAGAUUUGGAGCUUCUCCAGAAGAACCAGAACGAAAGUCGCGGUUUGGAGCGUGCUGGAUGCUCUUGUGCCUUCUGCUCCUUGCGGCCACUACUUCUUUAGGCCAGACAAGGGAAGCUUCGUUGGGUCCAGAAUUGGACGACGAUGAGAAAGGCAUCCUGAUUCUGGAUUGGCAUUAUUUGGUGAAGACGGGGAUUGCCCAGGUCAGGCAGUAUGCUGAAAAAAAGCUUAUGGCAUCUCCUGAAGAUGUUAUUUUUUGAGGAAUAAGAAUAGGAUUAACAUGAGAAGGACAACGAGGAGUACGACAGGUCCUCGAACGGUAGACGCAAGAGACGCAAGAACCUCGAUUCUAAUAUCGGGGAAAGCAAAACGAAGACAGAUCUCGAUCUGCUUGGAUCGCCAAAAAAAGGCGUAGCACCUGGUCAGUGGAAUGGGAGUGCGGAUGCACAAGAAGUGUCUGUGACUUUAUUCAUGGAGGAUUUGUAUGCCUUGCGCGACUUGAGUCCUGGGAUGCGUCGCUACUUUCCUGACUAUUGUAGACGAGGAGCGAAAGCAGAUACUGUCUCGAAUCUUACUUAAGGGUUGUAAGUUGACCGAUCUAAGCGCAUGUCUGUGGCUCCUUCAAGAAGGAGGAAAGUCUAAAAUCUGCAUGAUAUAGAAGUGGUCUAUCUCUAUGACCUGCUUUUUUCUAAGAGGGGAAUCUUCAAGGAAUAUGUAUCAUACAACAUAUGCGACGAGCUAUGUGGGUCAAUUUGUUACAACCCCUAACGUACUCCAAAAACAAGGCACUUCGGUAAUGUCAGCCUCGAAUGGGUAGAGGAGGAGCAAUACUGGUGUCCGGUCGAAAAUUCGGUGCAAGUUAAGAAUCAACUAAGCGUCAAUAUCAAAUGGUGAUGAUCUUGAUCACCUCCCCAGUUUUGAUCAUUAGCAUUAGCGUUAUAUAUUUAGUAUGUACCUACUGUUCGCGAUCGCGAAGCGAGUACUAUCAGUUUAUUUCCUUUUUGUUGCAUUCUUUUCUCUUCUAUCUCUCCCUCUGGGGCCGUUAAUUAUAUCUACGUACUGCCUAAUUUAUUAUAUUGCUCGAAGUAGUAGACCAAAAUAUUAUCGGUAUCACAAAUAGCUCUCCUGUGGCUUUUCUAACAAAAGUGUCCUUUACGGUGCUCUUCGUCAAGCCGAGUGGACCGAGAAACGGCAUGCAUUAGCGACGGAUUAUGUAUGACGCCACUCAUUGAGAACCUCCCAAGCUAUCGGGGAAUGUCGUUCCUAAGUAAGAAGGCGAGGGGGGAACGACAUUCCCAUAUCUUCGACAUUCUCUCUCCAGUGAGUAAUUGAGUAAAGCAUUCAGAUUACCGCGAUUUUUUCUCGGAGUAUCGUGUGUGCGUGAUGUACGGAGGAAGGCAGACAGCGGCGGUUUGCUUGCUAAACGAUCUCCCGACAGUUUUCGUUCCACACCUUUCUUUGGCCCAACUCCAACGCGAAGAGGACAUGACCUUCUUUCUCUUAUGGCCUUAGGGUGUGUGUCGAAGAUGAAUCGGUCAAUCAAUCAGUUAGCCUCCGGCGCAGGGCUUUUUUUUUUUGUAGUCCAAGAACGCCGGAAGGGUGAUCCCAGUGCUGUCCGGUGUACCUCCCGCAGCUGCGACGGCCCGCUGAAACUAAAUAUACUAGAGUAGUUUAUAGACGCUGGGCGGCAACGCGGGGCACGCUGGGCGGCAACGCUGGGCACGCUGAGCGGGCGCUUGGAUAGCGCUUAGCGAGCUUGAGGGCCACACCUUGGGCAUGCCGAGCCUGCUCGGCCGAUGGAUUUACUUGCGCCGCGGGGACGCGGUGCAGCGUGUCCCGUGAGGACAAACAAAGGCGGCGCGCCGCCCUCAAGGUUCAGGGCAGCGCUGGCGCAGUGCUGCGCCAGCUUGCGCAGUAGCGGGCUGCGCGGCGCCUGCUCUGUUCAGGCUUGCACUGCGUCGCGCUGCAUUGCGCUGCUCGAUGCGUGCAAUGCUGCGCCGCUCCUGUGCACAGCGGUAAGCUCGCCAGCGUCGUUGGCCUUGGCCUACGCCAGACUAGUACUGCUGGUGGGGUUCUCAAGCGGGCGCCCGAAGGGCGCCCGGCAAUUGGAGACGCCCAGCGUGACGCUGGGCGCAGAAGUCGGCAGACCUGGCACAUUUGGUUCGCCCAGCGACCCAGUGUGCCCAGUGUGCCCAGCCCAGCCAUGUUGGGAACCCUUAUAAACUGUUCUAAUAUACAUUAACUUUUGGAAUCUAAUCUCUGACGAAGUACUUCCAAAUCCGAAGUUGCACAUGGUUUCUACCUCGUACUUCGACAUGGCAUUGCUAGACUACCUUGCCGGCAAAGAGAACUUUGUGCCGUAUCCUAUCGUGCACCUUGCUAGGGACGAACUCUUGGCGAAUGAGGACCUGCGCACAGCCUGGCAGCAUUUUCAUGGAUACAAGAAGAAAGAAGACGAAGAGGCUUUGACGUUGAUGAAGACGAAAAGCAAAAUCAUAGUUAAGGCAGCUAGAUCCUAAAGCAUCUUCAGCAACAUCCGCGCCCUCUUUUUCAAGGGGGAAAAGAAGCCAAGGAUGCCUGCAGGAAUGCGGGGACCGUGGUAGCUUUCUAAUCUUCUUCUAAUGAUAACAACAACGCAGGAGUAGAAGAAGGAGAAAUAUCACUACAACUGGAAGAAGAAAAUGGUUAUCGUAGCCUCCUAAGUGGUCUCUCGACAUCUCAAAAGCGUAAAUACGUCCUUUUCGGAGGUAGGAAAUUACCUGGUGCUCAUGGAGGUUCUGCAGGUGACCCGUGGCUGGUUUUAAGACUAAAAAGAGCUACUCCUGUUUUUACUUCUAAGCCAUCCUUAACAGGACAAGUAAGUACUUCUAUCUUCAGUACUAUGUUAAUCUGUGGCAUUCAACAGUUAAGAUAUUUUGGGAUCAUCAUUGACACGCACACGAUGAAGAGAACCUCGCGAGGAACUUCUAGUACAACAGGGUUGUGGCCGCUUGAGGUAAGAAUAGGCUGCUCUAAGAACCGAGUGGAUUUCGAUUGAGGUCGGAGAUUGGAUCCUGGCCUUGCAGGGACACCUAAGGUCGAUCUAUCGUGCUCGCAUUGCUUCGGAUCGCUGGGCUUUGCGCAGACACGGACUAAAUGCUGAAGCAAUCAUGUUCGGAUCGACUGGAGAUGAGCCACUAAUUAUAGAACAGGCCCAAACGUCGAGAAAUCAUGUACACCAUCAACAUCCUGAACUAGGUCUUUCCUCUCUCUCUAGCAAGAAUGAAGACUUGUUAUGUCGAACAGCAGCAGAGAAUUUGUGGCAGGUAAUUGCGGAUCCUACGAGAGGCAUGUUGGCCUCCGCGGCGGGCACCAGUUACCCUUGGCCAGAAUUCAACUCCUUGUCCUCGCGGAUGGUACGGCACUAAUCGACAAAAUAACCGAGUAGCCACCAGAAAUAAGCGAUUCCUGUAGUUCGUGAGUACUACCAUCUUCAAUAGUAAUGAAAAAAUGCAUAUUAGCAGAACUGUUCAGAGUAUUCUUCAUCAUCAUCGUCAUCAUCAUCAUCAUCAUCAUCGUCAUCAUCAUCAUCGUCGUCGUUAUCUUCUCACUUGAUCACGCAUUAUCUCUUUACUUGAUCAUGCAUUAUCUUCUCACUUGAUCACGCAUUAUCGUCGUCGUUAUCUUCUCACUUGAUCACGCAUUAUCUCUUUACUUGAUCAUGCAUUAUCUUCUCACUUGAUCACGCAUUAUCUUCUUACUUGAUCAUUAUGUACUUACUUGAUCACGACUACCUUUUUACUUCGUCAUCUUCUUGCCAUAAAGAUAGAAAGCAUAAACAAGAAGAGCUUGCUCUUCCUUCGACCUCUCCACCUUCUAGCAAAGUAGUUUAUAGCACGCAUGGAGUAGCAUGGAGCGCAUGGGGCGCAAAUCCAUAAGGGACGCAAGAGUCGCCUCCUUUAGCGAUCCAUGCAGCUCCAUGCGAUCCAUGCACUCCAUGCCAUGCGAGCCGGGAAACCUUGCAGGUUAUGCUGUCCGCUACAUCAUCAUCAUCGUCGUCAUUUUUCGAAAAAGCGUGAUCUUCUUUCUUCUCUGUGUUUCACAAGUAUCUAGGUUCUCUGCAAUCCCCCUUCAGUUCUGCAAUCCACCGUCAUCUUCUAACAAGCUUACGUUGGAUCCAAAAAGAGGCCGCCACCUUGGAAGACGAAAGGGACCCCGCUUCUUGGGAGAAGCUCCUAGUCGACAAGAUAGGUCCCCCGGAAGCUUUCCGAUUGUGUCGAGAGUAUUGGGAAGGUCUCACAGUAGGAUGGACGGCACAUCUGGACGACAAGCACAACUCAAACUCCAAAGCUUUGCUAUCUAAAAAGACUGAGAUGAAAAGGACGAAUCAUAUUGAAGCAAGAUCGCCAGAUGCACACGCAGAGGAUGUUGACGCAGAUCGUCGUGCUGCUGCGCCUCGGCCAGUAUAUGAAGUGGAUGUAGAUGUAGAGGAGGAAGAUGCAACUCAUUCGGAUUCGCUCACUGCAAGCGCUGUGCAUACCCCUAUAGUGGUGAACUCGUGGCCAAGACAUUUUGCAGGUGGCCGUUACGAGUGGAAGGACGUGCUUGCCGAUGUAAAGGCACUUGUAAUUGUAUGGAAGACACUUGUGUGAAAGUGAAAAGGCACCUGUCGUGAUGGUAUCAUGGAGGAGACAGCUUCUAAGGUUCACGACAAGAACAUAGGGAGAUGCCAUACUUUACAACGUGUUGUAACUCCUGCACCAGUUUAGUUAACGACAUGAUAAUUCGCAUUCGUAGUACGUCUGUUGUAUGAAGACCGAAGAGAGCUGAGCUGCUAGCUGCCUCUGUCUAUGACGUGAAUAGACUUCGUCAUCGUCGUUGACGUAGACAUCGGCAAGAAAAUGAUCAUAGUGUUCUAAUUUCAGUUCCCUACUCUACGGCAGCCUUAUUCUGGCAUGAAGCGCAUGCACUUGGCAUACCACUGUUUGCUCCUUCUGUAGCACUUCUAUGGCGGUGGCAUCUGAUUCUGCAGAGGGUGGUGCUGCGGAGGCUAGAACGAGCCGACUUCUUCGCAAAGCAGGCCAAAGAAGCGGAGGAACGAAAGGCAGAACAGGUAUGAAGCCAGAAUACAUUAUCAUUGUGCUAGUAGUGCCACAGCUAGUACGGAAGUGGAAAGAGAAAGCUUCAUCUGGAUCUAACUAAUGGUAGUAAUAGCUGCGUCUGCGGCAAUUGUCUUUAUAUUUAUCAGAUAAGAAGUGACUCCUAGUUUAUUAUAAUACUAGGCCUCAAGAAGAAGUGUUAUCAUUCACGCUUCAAAGUUUAGUUGUGAACAUGUCAUAGACGAGUAGUCAAUUUCGAGCGCACGGGGCAGAGGCGCACCGGCACGCGCUGUCUGCUUUAGCUUAGCUUCAUUGAUAGCUGGCUUGAUCUACCUCUCGUGCUGCUGGUUCAUGGUCUCCUCCAGAGAUACUUACCUGGCGUCUCUCUAAUGUGUCUCCAUCUCCAUCUCCAAGCUGUGUGUCUCCAAAUGUGUCUCCAUCUCGAUGUGUCUCCAAAUGUGUCUCCAUCCCCAUCUCCAAGCUGUGUGUCUCCAUCUCCAUCUCCAAUCUGUGUGUCUCCAAAUGCGUCUCCAUCUCCAUCUCCAAUCUGUGUGUCUCCAAAUGUGUCUCCAUCCCCAUCUCCGAUCUGUGUGUCUCCAAAUGUGUCUCCAUCUCCAUCUCCAAUCUGUGUGUCUCCAAAUGUGUCUCCAUCUCCAUCUCGAUGCGUCUCCAUGUGUAUCUCCAUGUGUAUCUCCAUCUCGAUGAAUCAUCUUCUAAUUUAAGAACCUGCAGCAGCAACAACGACCACAGGGAUCGACGGUAAAAAAUCAACGGUUGGAGAGAAGCAUAUGAGCCACUGGGCUCGUAUCGAUACUUCACCACAGAGAGGAGGCGGCGUAGAAGCAAAAGCCUCCGAGGACAUGGCGGCCUAUUCAAGGAGUGUUUUAAGGAUCCUAAAAAUGUCAUAAUAUGUGUAAUUAAAGGACGACACUCUCGACGCAUUCACGGGCACUUUUGUCGUCGCUGAAUCUGUUUCGUCUUGCUGGUAGCUUAGGAUGGCUACUUUUGAGACGCCACGAUGGUAAUAUCGCUUAGAGAUGACCUCAUCAAAGUCGUUGCGUCCGUUGAGAGAUGUUGCACAACUCCAAUCCUCAGAGAUCUUCAUAAUCCACAACACCUCCGAGUCCUACAGCGUGGAUGAGGUGGCCUUCUUCUGCCUCUGAUGUACUACUUAGCUGAUACAAAACGGGUUCUGUACUUGUCAUGAUUGACCAGAGUCUACGGUAGGAAACCUCCGCUAAGCAUGAUGCUGAACGAGCUAUUUUAUUCCUGGCACCCAAGCUACGUGGGUAAUCAGAAGCAAGAAUUUGGAGCCCAAGAAUCCAUCCUAGCUUCACGUGGCCUGUUGUGGCGAUCGCAGGAGGACAAAUCUGAAGAUCCUUACGGCUAACGUCGAAGUGACUGAAGGUGAAUCUAAUAAAUAGAUGAGUCAGUUCGACUCAUCAUCUAUUACAGAUUCACCCAAAUUGAAAUUCAGUUUGAGUCGAGUCAGAAGUGGACUUUUUAUUAUUCUUUACCGGGACGACAGGACUUGGAGUCAGUGGGUUGUACUACUUAGAAGUGAGUUGUAAUUUUUUGAAGAAAGAUUAGCCAGAGGACACUGGUCACCUGGGUACUAGAAGUGAGUUGUAAUUUUUUGAAGAAACAUUAGCCAGAGGACCACACUAGUGGUGACGUUCACCUCGUCUUCUAAGCUACUGGUGACGUCGAGGGCCAGCAGCUGCCGGAAGAAAUUGUUGAGAACGAGCCAGAAGAGGUUACUGUCCAUGCAGGCGUAGACUUUUUGAACGGCACGGCAGCCGAAAACAGCAGAAUAGAUGAAGAAAUCGAUGUAACUGAUGCGAAGGAAAAGGAGAUCACCGUCGACGACAUAGAAGAUCCAUCAGGAAAUCUCAAAAAAAACGACAACCUACCUCCAGCAGCUCUUUCUGCUAUCUCAGCGUUCGAGGAACAGGCGGAGCAGUGGAUGUUCGACUCUACUACAAUUGGCCACUUUGACGUACCUUUUGUCGAUGAAAAGCAUGGCCUUUUUGCGUCAGAGUUAAGAGAUCGCCUUUUUCUGGCAUAGAGAUUCAUUUUGAGAAAACGCUCGAAGUAGAUGAACUUCUGUUCGCUCGUGCUUCUCAAAUAGAACUUCCUACUAAGAAAGUACUAUCCAAUCCUUUGACCACUGCUCGAUCAGCCUUCUAAACCGCACGCGCCAACUCCGCGCGAAUCCUUCUUCGAGGUGUCGACGAUUUUGUCCUAAGGGUGCUGCUUACUCUCCGUUCCGAAUGUUCGAGAGUAAGAGGGCUUUCUUCUACUGGGCAUCUAAGCUAGAUUUUUCUAAGGCAAGAAGGCAGUCUGUCACUCUAGGAGCCUCGUCAUCUUUACUAAGUAAUCUCUAGUGAUUAAAAGCAUCUCCGUCACUGUAGGAGUCUCGUCAUCAAUUUGCCCGGGGGAGUGUGAGUAAUGCUAUUACUAGUCAUCUUUACUCAGCACUCAAUUUACCCGGGAGAGUGUGAGUAAUGCUAUUACUAGUCAUCUUUACUCAGCACUCAAUUUACCCGGGGGAGUGUGAGUAAUACUAUUACUAGUCAAGUAGCUCAAAGCCUGGCCCUGCGAAGGUGAUCAGUGACCCCAUUGGGGUCACUGUCGGAGUGUCAUGAGUGGAGUCGUGCCAUAUUGGGGCACGCUCCUACUUUCUCAAGUCUCUCCAGUUUCUUACUAUUAUCCUCGUCGCUCUCGUUCUCGUUAGGCGAACAGAGUAAAGCUACUCGCUAAGAGAUGGCGGACUUUGUCGCCAUACCAGGCGGAUAAUUCUCCCACGUUCAAACUUCAAGGGAAUUUCAUUUACAAUAAGGGGUAGAAGGGGGACCAUAGAAUAAAAUAAGGGAAUUCAUCAAAAUGUUUCACACGCACUCAGACACGGAUGCUAGUACUUGAUUGACUGAGUUGAUAGUAUUUGUAUAUGGUGGUCGCAACUAUUACAUUUCAACUAGUACAAAAAAAUUUCGGGGAAACUAGAACUUAACCCAAGAACUCAGUCGUGUUUCAAGUGCCGGGACAGCCAUGGGCAAUUGGAGCCUGCUGCAGUGGACCUGAAUGAAGGAACAAUUUGAUAUUGAUGAAAUGGCUCAUUUGAUUUGAUGUAAAUAAGUAUGUUGAUUUCUAGUUAAGGAGGAGGAGAGGAAAUCCGGAAUCUGCUGCUGCUAGGUGCGUGGCUUGGGGUCGGAACGCUUCGAGGACCAGCCGGACGAGGCCAAUUUUAAGGCUAAUCUAAAGGAAAUACACACAUAGAACCACACGAAUCAGCCUACUAAUAGCUCAAGAACUCGCUUCAAAUAAACCCUAAAGAUCCUAGUAGAAAAUGAGGAAGGUCCAAAGGAGAUCAUCACUGGGAAUUGAGUAGAACCAAUAGAAAUAAAUCAACUUCACAUGAAUCAAAUCGCCAGCCUUUCACUUCGUAGAACGAUCGAGCCAAUUUCACUCAUGCUAUGGACCCAGCGAUUACGAUUCGAAGACGAUAGCAACAUCAACAUCCAACUUCAGCAGGAUUCUUAUGGGCAGAAGAACUAGGAACCAUUUAAUUUAGUCUAAUUUUUUCAGUGAUCAACAUGGGCGCUGAACCUAAGAAGAUAGAGGCGCGCUGCCUUGACCUACUUGGGGAACAUCUAGGACCGUUCUUUUCAAUUCAACGAGGUCACGAGUCGACCGCUGACCUUUUCAAUCAAUGGAAAGGGAAAAAUAGCUAUAACAACCACAAUGGAGGCCGGUGGCUACCUAUCCAGCUAAAGGGCUGCACCCGACGCACCGCUUCCUGGGAGAGGAAGGUAAGGUUUGUCAUCAACCAACGCAAAGACGCCCUGCACGGGUGCGUGCUUCUCGGCGUUAGUCUUGAAGAAGAUGCGGGCAUCUUCUGCCACCUAGUACACCGGGCGGCCAACUACAGUAGUUACGAUAUGAAUGCAGACGCUUUUAACUUUGAAUGGGCCGACGUCAUCCCUGAAUUAAAGAAGCUGUGGAUGGAUGGCCCAGGCAUGCAGUCCUUCUCCCUCGCCGAGAGCUUCGCCUAUAGUGGCAGCAAACUCUUGGAGAAUACAGCCCGGACACGGUUUCGACGAGAACUAGAGGGCUCCGGGCUGCUGUAUGAAACGCCCGAUACAGAAUUCGGGUCCAUCGACGGAUACCUGGCCCACACGAACUACCCACAUCGAUACCGUGUCCAAGAGAAAGUGCUCACGGUUCGCCACUCAAGAGGCCGGCCGCUGUGCCUCCGCGUUCUUCUUCGAAGGUACUGCUUUUACAGUUAUCAAAUCAGCAUCAGUUUCUGGGAGUUUCUAGCUGCGUCUCCACUUCAUUCUCGAGCAUCCACCACACCAACAAAACCAAGGUCCUCCGGGGUGAAUUACGAGGAAAACGACGCCGACUUCUUGCUUUUACAUGCCCGAGAAAACAUCGAAAACGACCACGCAUUCGAGCUCGCGGGAAGUGCUCUCAUCCCCUUUCCAGUGCUGAGCAAGUUGGGCUAUCUUCACAAGAGCGACAGGAACGAGCAGCAUCUUCAUUUUUAACAAUCGUCUUGCGAUAGAACAAAGAACUUCUUACUUCAAACUUCAAAACAAAUGCCAACCAUACACCCCCCUACAUAACCAACCCACAGAGCGCGCGGACGCUCCUCUUUAUCGCUCUACCCCGAUGGAGUUCCCGGCGUGCUGAAUCCAAGGCUGAGCGAAUUGGAGGGCUUCUUCUGCCACUGUGGGCCCAAUUUUCAUAGUGGUCUUCUCAAGAUCGUUAAGGACAACGCGAUAGAGAUAGGCGAGCCAGCUGCAUCUUCCUCAAAUGUGGAGUCUUCCUGUGUGAUUCAGUAGAGGCAAUUGCUGUUUUGAAGAAUAAAGUGGGGGAUUCUAUACAAGUAGAGCCAUCGACGUGAGUAGCAACAUGGAACAGCCAAAAACUAUGCAAAAACCUAUUAGAAGAACUUAGAUGAACAUACUGCAAAAAAGACUGGAACCGCGGGGGGAUUAGUUAUGGACUAGAAGAGCAAGACUCGCGAAGUCAUGGAUGCACAUCAUGCGACGAGAAUUUGACGUAAAGCAGGCGUGAUUAGUCUUAAAUUCUAUACAAAAUAAAUGAUUAGGGUUGUUGUGUAAUUUUAUUUACUAAUACUAAAUAAACUAGAAACAGGAGGUGAAUCGUUUAUGAUAAUUGAUGGCGUGUAGUACUCUAAAAGAUCGAAACUAGAUGAGUGGAUCAAUGGAAUUCAUAUGGAAGCUACUGCUUUUCAAAUAAUCAAGAACAAGACCAAAAGCAGGGAGUGGUUUCUUCAAAUGAACAUCAUCAAAAAAUCUGACUCACAACUUGAUAAUCAAAGUAGUAUGCUGCACUGAAAAAGAUGACUUCAACUUCAAGGAGAUGCUUCAACUUGGACACAUAUGAAAACUAUGAAAUAGCGCGAGAGUUUCGUACUUGGAAAACGAUGAGAAGCAUGAACAUAUUUUCUGUGCAUUUUAUCUAUUCACCCAAAGACUCCUCCCCAUAAAGCUCAUUGAACUUGUCAAGUUCCUCCUGCUCAGAGUCCUCUUCUUCAUCUACUAGAUGGCGGACAUGUUUCAGCUGCAGCUGCUGUGCAUUUUGGAGACCAUACUCCAGGAUCACAGCCGGAUAGAGGCAAUCGAUGAUGUUCUUCUUGAUGUCCCCGAUGAUGUCCGUCUCCGGCGCUAUCUUCGCCACCUCUGGCGCAUGGCCUUUCGGCCAAUGCAACCGCAAAGUAUCGAGAUUGCCGCCUUGGGCGUUCCUGUGCGAACGCACUUCAGCGACGACGCGAGAAGGUUGCUCUGCGAUGCUCCAUAUUUCAUACACGUACUUGGCUGGUUCCCGCGUGUUGCCAUCCACCCUGCGCUUUGGGGCUGCUUUCGGUUUUGCCAGUGCAGUACUAGAUGAUGCGGCGUUCUUCAUCUUGCGCUUCUUACUGGUAUGCUUCACUUCUUCAUGCAAUCCGCUCUCCACAGCGUCGACCGCGACGACCCGAUUGGCCUUGCGUUUGAUACUCGCUGCAAGGGCAGCAUCUGCUUCGCCAAUGGUCAUCCGCUUGAAGAGUUGGUGCAUGAUGUCCGCCGGCACGUUGUCGAAGUCAGUAUCUACUAGACCAUGCUGCUGCAUGAACGGCGCGACAGACGCAACUCGAGCGGCAUGCGGCACCGUCUUGUACAACGCGGCAAAGGAAGCACUCGAACUGCACCACGAUGGAUUCUACAACUCGAUGAAGAGACCUGCAGCGCCACCAAUUCCGACCUGAUAUCCACCAUCAUAAACGUCGAAGAAGCACAAGAGACCACAGCCGAACUUCGUAUCCUGCUGCGUACUCGGCCAAGUCAACCUAUUUGCAACAUGAUGUAGAUCGACGGUCAUGAUGUAGCCGCUGUAGUGCCUGUGGAUUGAGUAGUACUUGUUCUGUUUUCGAAUGAUAACAAAUCCCUUCUCCUUCAACUUCGCAUCGACGAGUUUCAGGCUGGCCAGCUGCUUGCUGAUCAUCUCGUAGAACCGGAGCUGCGCCGACGUGACAAUUGCACCACGCUCCAAAAUCACCAACGCCUCUACACCACGAAACCCGAGAUGCUCUGCUUUUACUGUGGCCGUGUCCUCCUUGAGUAAAUCGACGAGGUCAACAAGACAGGCCUCAACACGCUGGCGCGGGUAAUCCGUCAGGUGCUCCAGUCCACGUUUGAACUUGUCGAACCACCCGGUCAAAAAAGCACUCUCGGAUGUAGCACCUGCGCGCUGUUGCUCCUCUACCAGAGCGACAUCGGACCGCAAUCGCUCCUGCGAUAGACCAAGCGAAGCGAUCUCAUUUGCCUUUUCCUCAACGGUGUGAGGAAGCAGGAUAGGCGUCUUGUACUUUGAUGCAGCGGCGAUACAUGGGUAACGUGGGUGCUGCCUGCGAGUCUGCUGCACCUGCUUCGAAGCCCCACUGUGCAAAGCGGAGCAGUUUGUCUUAUCCUGCACCCGCCUCUCCUUGAACCUCCUCUCGAUAUCGGACUCGGUGAUGGGAUAGCUGCGGUUGCUAUGCGUUACUGCUGUCUUCAAUUCCUGCAUCUUGUUCUCCUUGAGGCACCGCGUCAUGCGUUUCGUGUGGUACGACAGAGGGAAGCUCCAGCAAGUAGCCAGACGAGGUAACGACACAGCCGGAACCUCAACGCGACCGUGGAUGAACGACUCCCAAAGACCAUGCUGCGGGUCUGCGGUAUCGAAGAAGUAGCAGUUGAUGACCCUGCCGACCAAGGUCAGUGCUGCAGCAGCAUGCGAUGCGGAUUUUCUGCCUGCUUGAAAAGCGUCCGCAGCCAAAAUGCGCCAAAUACGAUCGCGAUUCGCAGCAAGCAAAUCCUGAACGUCAGGCGCUGAGAAGGCGUCAUCCGCAAGCAAAUGGUCACCGAGGAAUUUACGUGCGGAAGCCAAAAUCGCAGGGUCAUCAAGACAAGCAGACGAAGCGUGCGCAGUGUUCAGCUUUUCCAACAGCAGGAAGUAAUCGUAAUGGCCUUGACUGACGUCGAGCUGCGCACGAAGGUCUUCCAUCUUCGUCUCCUCUAGCAGCGUGCACAUGUCCUCGACGUUGCCGCAGAACAGUUUCUUACUCUUCUUGGCUGCUUCGGAGUCCUCCGUAUCGAUGUCGAGCAUAUUCAUCGUCUCAUCUGCUUCGUCAUCACUCGCAGCCCGACCUGCAGGACGUCCACGACGAGGGGCAGCAGCGACUGCUCGACCCGUCACCGCCUUCAAAACGUAGAGGACUUUGUAGCGGUCCUUCAAAAACAUGUCGCAAGUCGUCGUGUCACGGAAGAAACGGGCGUUGGUCCCGUGAUAGAGCUCUACACCUGAGAGCAUGUUUUAAGAGCUGUUUUGGGGUCUGUAUUAGUUGACACUUUUAAUACCCUCACUCCACCAUGCGCUACUGCUAGAAUUCAGAGACCUACCAGAAUCGAGGAGUUUUAGGGGGGUCCUCUUGGGGUCAGAAUGCAUUCUAAGUCGUCAAUUUCUAGUCCUGUUAAGGUUCGUUUCUACAUAGAUCCAAUGUCUCAAACACCAGUAGAAUCCUAGAUAUUCAGCUGCAUCCUAACAUGAGAAAACAGAAUAGUUAUCAAGUACGUUUUUCCAGAGCUUCCUCGAGGGUAGCUUUGUUUUGCUCGUUGAUAAGCUCAGGCCCAUACGCUCGAGCCGCUAUCUGAGCACCAGCACGUGCUUCGUCUAGAAGAGACUCCCACGUCUUGAAGAAGUCUCCCUGAUUCUCCUUGCUGCUCCGAGGGCCACACAAGUAGCUGCGCCAGCCCGAGGAGAGCUCCGCGGCGCCCUUCGUGAGGCCCUUACAGUUGUUGGACAAUCUGUGAUCCACACCGAAACGGAAUGUGCCAGGGUAAAGCUGCCCAACCAACUGGCCAAAACGGCACUCCGAACUGCCCUGAUCCGGUAGCACGUUGAUGUUGAAUGCGUUGCCGCCCGGACUGAGGCAAUCGGUGUCAACCUGCUCCCAAGAAGUGUCGCGGUUGCACUUCAGCUUCGCCAUAGAAUCGACCCCGAAAAUCAUCGUGGUAUAGUAGAGGAAUGCCACACCACUAAAGACCGUCGCGUCAAGGUUCUCUCUGCGCUUCAGGCAGUUUUUCCGGGCGUUGGAUAGUGGUAGUGGGACGAAGUGCAACUCGUCGUAGCUGCUCUCAACGUCCUCUCCCGGGAGACCCAUUGAAACGUCAUCGAGGAAAAAUCCCUGCAGGGGGAAGGGCGGGGAAAUGAGUCAGGGAAAGGAUGGAAUCUCAUCGAAGUUGAAACUGAGGAAGCAGUAGACUCAAUACUUGAAGUAGUCAGAAGCACAACAAGAAGAGACACUACUUAAAUCAUGAAGCUCUUCGAGGAAGUUCUACUCUUUGCAACGGCGAGAAGAUCUAAAACCAUGAGGACAUAACAGGGUGGAGGUCCGGUCUAAAAAGUGACUACGUUCAUCGCGAACGUAUGGUUUUUGCGCACCGCACUGUAGUCGUAGCAUAGAGUUAGCUGGCCGGUCGAACUGCCUAAAGGCAUAUGAAACGCGCCUGCUGUUAACCUCGCCCCAAGAUUGGAAAAAUUUCGCAUCUGCAGACGAAGAUAGAGCAUGUUCCUCAUGAUAACCCGCAGCGCAAGUUGCUGGCAGAGGUGCGUUUUGGAUGGAUUUCUUUAAGGUAUCUUUAUGGUAAGAAAGAGAGAAUCUAUAGUAGUGCUUGACGCGCUUAUAAUCCACUAGAGCAGAAGUCUGAAAAAUCUAUUAUAGGAGAAUAUAAAAAGAGAAGAUCGCGACCCUUAUCCUAAAUCCAACACUUGUAGAAGUAACCGAGGUAGCACCUGCUCUCGUUUUAGCUGUUCCUUUGGAUUACGCUUCCGGUUCAUAUUAUGGAGCUGCUGAGCCCAAUCCUCAAUGCGUUGGCCGACUGCCUCAGCAGUAUUCAAAUCGAGGCCAUCGAGCAGAUGUUUGAAACUGCACGCGGAAAUAAUUUGAAUAAACGCUGCUCCAUCAUCUGCUUUCAUCCAGGCGAGAAUGUAAGCCUGUAACGAAGGUAAAAGCAAGGGAUUGAUAGAAGGACUCUUAUGGUGGUUGAGUUGGAGAUGAGUUCGUGGGAAGUCAUCUACAGAAACCAACUUCCUAAGGUCAAAACAGGAGGGGAGAUCCUCGAAAAGCCUUACAGUUCGAAGAUGCGCAAGUUCACUCAGAGCCACGCUACAACUACUACAGCAGCUGACUCCUCAACUUCAACGAGAAGACUCUUAGAAAUGCUACCAAGUCAGCUGCACUGCCCGAGGUCUUAAAACGAUCGAGAUGCACAUGAUACAGGUCGCGCAACGUGAUGUGCAAAGAGGACAAGGCCCGAUGAUAAUUCGAACUCUUCAAGGUGAUCAGGCUCUUGAAGAAGAAGACCAUCUGCCCCGAAUUAUCGUCCAGGUAGGGACAGUCCCAGUUCUUCACUUUCGACUUAGGUUGCCGCAAAGAUGCAAGGUCACGAGCAGCUUGCUCUUGGUCGGCUGGAAACUCGUCGGCCAUUGCGUUAUUUUGAGUUCGAAACAAGGAGCAGCAAGAAGCUAUGUAGAUGCUGCUGCUGAAAAGCGAGCUGCAGGAGCAGACUCUUCUAUCGGCUGUCAGGUAGAGGCUGAAAUGAAUCUCCAGAAGCAUGCACCGAAGCAAGUGCAAAGAAGGAGCGGUUUGCAGAUGAUCAUCAUGCAGCAUAGCGAGCCCGUUUGAUAAGCACUUCUACGGUUCCUGGUGCAUUGAGAGAUGUUCACACGAUGAGGCUGCAGUUGUUGGUCGAACAUCCACAGGCUGGCACUCUCCUCACAAGUGUGCUGAGGCUGCGUUAUGUUGUCCUUGGCCGAAGCUCUAUCAAGAGUCUGACUACGACCAUGCACAAGGAGAUCCACACGAAGUGGUCUCUGUGCUGGCGACGAGCAGCCAGCUAUUCAGCAACAUCACCAAGUUCAGUCCGCUCCAAGCAUAAGAAUGAAGUUGACACACACCGAGCUUAAUUACCUACCAGCUAGCAAACUCCAUGCCACCUUAAUAAGGACUCUACUUCUAGAAGAAUUAAACAACAACCAUCAGAAAAUGACUAAAAAGGACUAGCUGAUGUGAAAACUCAAGCUAGAAUAUAACAAGGUGAGGCAACUCCAACGCAAGCGCUGGAAGCUGCUGUUACCACCUUAAAGAACCGCUAAUAUGACGAAACCAUAAGCCUAUAGACACAUCCGACCAUGUUUAUUAGAGUUGAGCGACUAUCUCUAAUGUACCACAACCUUCCAAAAGUGAAAAAAUAUUGCACUUAUGCAUCAGAUUUUUGACUGUGUCUACAAGCCCGCCCCCCUCAUCAUCUCCUCAACCCCUUAGUUCUUCUUCUUGGCGGCCGCCUUCAUCGGCGCCUUCUUUGCCUUCGGGCUUUCAACAGCCUUCUGGCGCUUCGUCUGUGGCUCAGAGUCUCCUCCGUCCGUAGUGGUGGCGUGGCCCUGCUCGGUCGAGGAGUGGUUGAGGGCGACGUUGUUGGCGGAGCUGCUGGACGAAGAAGAAGAUCCACGAACAUCUGGAAAGGGAAUUGCGCCCACGGAUUGGGACUGGUCCAUGAGAGCGAGCGGUCCGGGUGGAGCAGGCAGCGCAAGCAGGUUCGUCGACUGUGAUGUUUGGUGAAGCGAGAAUUACGAGGAGCAUGCCUAUACUUCAAGCUGAGUACGAAGAAAUUCUUGCUAUGAAAAUGGAGUUCGUCACAAUUCUAAAAAAUCUAAAUAUUAAAACCUGCAUUCCGAACGACGAGGGACCGGCGUUAGACUGCGCAGCAGCGACCGCCUGCAUUUCACGGCGGCACUCAUAAGAGACCACCUUCUGCACGCAGGACUGAAUGUCAGGCAUGCUCUGGUACACCUGCUGCAGCUUGAAUAACGGCACCUGGUUCUUGAGGAAGGAGGCCAAGGUCUUCAGACUGUAGUGCCCAUCUUUCCCGCACACCGUGAUGGGCAAGUUGUAGCCGACGUCGACCAUCAUCAAGAACCACUUCCACAUGGAAACAUGUACGACCUUGGUGCAGGCGUUCAGGUACGAGACCUCGCACACAGUGGCCAUGAUCAUGCAGAUCUGCACCAGGGUAAGCUGUCCGAUAGCUGUAGGGAGGUUUGGAGUUGUAGAUUAGGCCUAUGGUUUUUGAGUGUGAAGUUCUGAAGUUGGAAGGUAGAUAAAAGAUAGUGCUUUUUUUAGUAUCCUCGGCCAGAUAUCAGUAUAGUGACAUAGAUAGAAUUUCUUCAAGUGAAUCCUUGAAAGGAUGAGAUUCCAGCUACUCGGUGACUAGAUAAAGAGGCAAGCACAAAGUGGAAAAUACUAUGAAUCUGCUCGAAGCUGCGGCUCGACAGCUGCGACAAAGGCGUGUAACCCACACGAUGGGCCUUAAGGUCUUCCAUACGGUCAUCGAUGACCUGGCGGCGUGCUGCUAGUUCAACCUCAUUGCAACUGUUGCAGUCUUUUUUGAAUUCCGCCAUGGACAUUCCGGGCACUUUAGGCAUCUUGAGUCAAGGAAAGCUCAAAAGAGCCAGAAAGAAAGUGAGUUAGUUGGUCCCUCGUCGUUCAACCUAAAACCCCCAUCGAAUUCCAUGCAGAUGAUUUGAUAUCUACUUUACUUACUUCCAAAGUUAAGACAAGGAAUAGUCUAGGCCUUUUUCAGUCGUUUUUUUCUAAAUAUUCUAAGCCUUUUACGUUUUCACAUCAGGAGCGUGUCCUAGCCUUUUUGGUAUAGUCCAUUUUCAAGAUUCUACCUAAAGUGUAAGCCUUUCUCUCACUAAUCUUCUCUCACUUUUCUCUCCUUGCUCUCUAAUGCUUCGUCAUGCAACAGGAGGACACGCCACAAAAAUGCACAACCAAUCUCCCCGGAGUACUGGUUGAAUCAGACGCAGUUCUUAUGGUUUCGAUUUUCUUCUUUACCGGUAGAAUCUCGUCGCGUUUCACAUUGAGAAACGUGCUCAAGGGUCUCUUUCAUCUCGUCGUAAAUUCAUCCUUCAAAUGCUACUACUUAUAGUUCAAAGUCCUCUAACAUGCUCUCCAGACCCGCCAGUUUCUCGGCCUCUAAGACCACACUGUUCCAAGGGUUCAGCUUGUUCCGACCCCAAGCCACGCGACUUCGAACCGACUGCUGCCUCUGCUCCUCUCCUCCUCCAUAAAUUACUCAAUAAAUCACCUAGUCAACUACUCAGUUUCAUCCUACUCAAAUCAUAAUCCCUAAAACAAAUAUAAUACCAGGUCCACCGCUGCUGCUCCAUCGAUUCGCAAUUCCACUUGGGUGCUUCACGCCCCAACCUUAAGCCCAUGAGUACUGGCUUCCCCGAAAUUUUUUUGUACUAGUUGAAAUGUAAUAGUUGCGACCGCCAUAUUGUACUAAUGUAAAGUAGAAGUACUUCUAGUUGAUAAACUUAUAAACUUUCAAGAACUUGGUCUACAAGAACUACUGCUGUGAUGUUAUCAUCAGCCAGGUAUCUGACACCUAGCCUUGCUCUACAACUACAACAACAUCUAAUUUCCAUCAUUUCGGGCCACACAUAGUGCGAUUUGAUAAUGUAACCGAUCUGGCCCGCAAGGUGUCCGACCAUCGUCUCCUCGAAUGGAUGCGCAAAACGCAGGAACGCACUGUGGAAAAACAAAAUUUAUGACCAGACUCGAAUUCGAUUUCGAAGCCUAGGUCAUGAAUGUAUACGAUUUUUAUAUGAACAAGUACUUCUAGUAGAUGUACGUAACUCAGGAGCAAGAUUUUUAAAGUCGAUGUGGAUACUAGUACUACAAAGUCUCUUAAUAGUAAUUCGUUACUACUUAAUGUACACUUCUCGACACUCACACGACUAUGAUGAGUAGUACGUCAGCUGCUGCAUGAUGAGUAGUACGUUGGCUGCUGCAUGAUGAGUAGUACGUUAGUUGCUGCGUGAUGAGUAGUACGUUAGUUGCUGCAUGAUGAGUAGUACGUUAGUUGCUGCAUGAUGAGUGUUAGUGCACGUCAGCACUAUGAAAAAAAUCGAAAAAACUAAUCCUAGUAUUGAGGGAGAGGGUUGGAAGUUGACAUCUUCUCUAUGCGCAUCUCUAUCCCUUCUUCAAGUAGGAAGGCCAUAGAUGUGCGAGCUAGAGGCGCCAACUUUCGCCCCCUAAUAGUAGAUGCAGUUAUCACAUGACGCCCUCCCUGUUUCCCUUCUCCGAUUUUCUUCAUAAGCACGCAUAUCACAGCGGGUUUUUGGAGCUGCGAUUGAUCAUGCGACUUCCGAGAUGAAUUGAGGGGGAGAAGAAGGAGAAUGGCGUGGAGAUAACAGUUGUAGAGGAAAAAAGAGAAAGAGAAGUGCUCUGAAAUUGUAAUCGAAUUGAAGCACACGGACAGGAAUAAUUUAUUUGGGUUUCAGUCACGACAGUCAUGAUUAGAAGAUUGGUUUAUUCACUCUAAUUAUAAAAGAAACAGUCUAAUAAAUAUGUCUUGUUGUUGUGUCACUACUAGAGUCAGACUCUCCGGCGAUUGCGGAUCAUCGGUCAAUUUGAAUCGUCGUCCUGAAUCG